UUGGAGCAGGAAAACGAUGAAAACCUACAGGACUGCAGUCCUCAUGGGAUCGAAUUGAAUAGCCCUGCUUUAAAUCAUUAUCUGUUAUUUAGACGCGCUGAAUUUAGUGUAUUUUCAUAAUUGUGCAGCUGUAAUUUAACUAAAUUGUCGCCAGAGAGAGACAUUCGCUCGUGUAGCUCUCCCUUUGACGGAAGUGGGAAGUAGGAAGAGCUGCACCUGAACUGUACAGCUGUGCUAACACAUAAGCUAACAGGCUAGCCUCAACGGUGAAUCCCCGCUGAUCAAACGAAACAUCUCGACAACCACUUUGAGACUGCGAAUCAAAUAUGGGAAAAGGUGGAGGUACAUUUGAGAGACUCCUCGAUAAAGCCACCAGUCAGCUGCUUCUGGAGACAGACUGGGAAUCCAUUCUUCAGAUUUGUGAUCUCAUUCGACAAGGAGACACACAAGCUAAAUAUGCAAUCGGAGCCAUUAAGAAGAAGCUGAAUGACAAAAAUCCACAUGUGGCCCUUUAUGCACUUGAGGUCCUGGAGUCGCUGGUGAAGAACUGUGGACAGACAGUCCACGAUGAGGUUGCAAGUAAACAAACUAUGGAGGAACUGAAGGAUCUGCUUAAGAAGCAGACAGAACCAAAUGUCAGAAACAAGAUUCUGUAUUUGAUCCAGGCUUGGGCUCAUGCUUUCCGCAACGAACCUAAAUACAAGGUGGUACAAGAUACUUAUCAAAUCAUGAAAGUGGAAGGUCACGUUUUCCCUGAGUUUAAAGAGAGUGAUGCCAUGUUUGCAGCAGAGAGAGCCCCAGACUGGGUUGAUGCCGAGGAGUGCCACCGGUGCAGAGUCCAGUUUGGAGUUAUGACAAGAAAACACCAUUGUCGAGCCUGUGGCCAGAUCUUCUGCGGAAAGUGUUCAUCUAAAUACUCCACUAUUCCUAAGUUUGGCAUUGAGAAGGAAGUGAGAGUGUGUGAGCCGUGUUUUGAGCUGCUCAACAACCACCCCUCCCUCUCUCCUCCACUUAGGAAAGCUGAAGGAAAAGCCCCUCCCUCAGGCUCUGCUGAGCUGCCACCUGAGUACCUGACCAGCCCCUUGUCGCAACAGUCACAGAUGCCCCCCAAGAGAGAUGAGGCUGCCCUGCAGGAGGAGGAGGAGUUGCAGCUGGCUAUUGCUCUUUCCCAAAGUGAAGCAGAGGAGAAGGAGCGGAUGAGACAUAAGAACUCAUACUCCAUGUAUCCCAAGGCUGAUCCCACCCCAGUGACUUCCUCAGCACCACCCGUCAGCACCCUUUACACUUCCCCAGUGAACUCCUCUGCUCCCUUAGCUGAAGAUGUAGACCCUGAGUUGGCCCGCUAUCUGAACAGAACAUACUGGGAGAAGAAGCAGGAAGAAGCUCGAAAGAGUCCCACCCCUUCAGCUCCUGCCCCUGUGUCACUGGCUGAGCCCCUUCCAUCAAUCAGCCAGCCUGCAGAAAGUCAAGUCCCUGUCCAGCCAGUCAACAUAGUGGAGCAGCAGUACCAGAACGGUGAAUCCGAGGAGAACCAUGAGCAGUUUCUGAAGGCUCUGCAGAAUGCUGUCACCACCUUCCUUAACCGCAUGAAGAGCAACCACAUGCGUGGGCGCAGCAUCACCAACGAUAGUGCGGUGCUCUCACUCUUCCAGUCCAUCAACAACAUGCAUCCACAGCUGUUGGACAUUCUCAACCAGCUUGAUGAAAAGCGAUUGUACUAUGAGGGACUGCAGGACAAGUUGGCUCAGGUACGUGAUGCCCGUGCUGCCCUUAAUGCUCUCCGAGAUGAACACAGAGAGAAGCUACGUAGAGCUGCAGAGGAGGCAGAGAGACAGAGGCAGAUCCAGCUGGCACAAAAACUGGAGAUCAUGAGGCAAAAGAAGCAGGAGUACCUGGAGAUGCAAAGACAGCUGGCUAUUCAACGCCUCCAGGAGCAGGAGAAGGAGAGGCAGAUGCGUUUGGAGCAGCAGAAGCACACAAUCCAGAUGCGAGCCCAGAUGCCUGCUUUCUCUCUGCCCUACGCCCAGAUGCAGUCUUUGCCCCCCAAUGUUGCAGGAGCAGUGGUAUAUCAACCUGGUGCUCCACCCAGCUACCCAGGCACUUUUAGUCCUGCUGGUUCUGUGGAAGGUUCACCUAUGCAUAACAUCUAUAUGAACCAGGCUGGGCAGACUGCACCAGGACAGUACCAGACCAUGCCUGGUGCUGCCACAGAUCCCAAUAUGGUCAACGCAUACAUGUACCAGGCUGCAGGCACCAAUGGCCAGCCAGCUCCUCCUCCAGGCCAAGCUCCGCCGACUACUAGUUCACCCUACUCGAACUAUCAGCCCACACCCACACAAGCCUACCAGAAUGUGGUCUCUCAGGCACAAAAUGUGCCCCCCAUGUCGCAGACCGCCCCAACCAAUGGUAUGGGUUACAUGAGUUACCAACCAUACAACAUGCAGAACAUGAUCUCUGCAUUGCCAGGACAAGAUCCCAAUAUGCCCCCCCAACAGCCGUACAUGCCAGGCCAGCAGCCCAUGUACCAGCAGGUUGCGCCCCCUGGUGGUCCCCAGCAGCAACAGCAGGCACCACAGCAGGCACCUCAGGCUGUUCCUGGCAGUGCAGAGGCACAGCUCAUCUCCUUUGACUGAAACCCCUAUGCUGCAGGCUCUGAAACACUACACUCUCUCUUCACCUCUGGUCCCUCCUUCUCCCUCCUCCCUCCCUGGAUUCUGAGGAUGCCCUUUGGAAAAACACACAUAAUUCCAACCAUCCACCUUGCUGUGUUGUUGUGGCAAAGUGAAAUAUUGUGAUGAUGUUGCAGAACUGUAGCUCUCCCUGCCUCUCUCCCUCUGAAGUAAGGGAACUGAGGGAUGAGGCUGUGAUAGAGAGUACCAUAACCCAGAUCGCUCACCCUCCUCUUCUGUCUUUCCAGCUGAUAUGUAUGUAGUAUUUCCUUAUUAAAUGAAUUACUAAAGCGCAGAAAUAGUCAGUGGUAUUUAAGUUUAAAUGAGUAAGAAAAUAUGAUACUAAUUUAGAAGAUAAAAAGACACAACCAUCCUUUGUCUCAUAUUUUUAUAAGGCAAUAUGUGCAUGUUAAAUUUAGAUUAUUUUCUGGAAUGGAAGUGACUUAUUGCAACCUCUUUACACAGAAACAUCUGUAUAAGCUGUUUAAGAAGUGGUGGUUGUCUGAAAGGAGUGACAUCUCAGUUAUGAAAGCAGAGUCUGAAGCGUUGAAUAAAUGGCACUAACUCACAUCUUUGUCAGGCUCACAGCUUAACAUUCCAGUUUUAGUUAUCCGAUCAUGUUUCUCGUGCACAGAAAACUCGGGUCCCCUUAUUUUGGCUUUUAUUUGUUUGUGCUGCUUGGACUGUUGAGUGUCUUAAUGUAGUUUCUAAGAUGACAAAAGGCAUUGCAGGGAUUGUAUUUAGUGUGAGGUGUGUUAGCUGGAUGCCUGUCUAACUCGCACUGAAUACACUUCCGUAGAUAAAAUAAUCACAAUCAUAGCUUGUUACCAUAAAAUAUGGAUAUCUAAGGCAGUCCAGAACCGCAACCAGCAGCCUGAAUCCCUUUAUUAAAGUGACUUGUGUUGCCAAACAUAAAGCAACGUCUUUUUUUAGGCUAAAGGAAGAAAUGGACUAUGUCAUUUAAUCAACUUGAAAUCGCCUGCAGGUGCCACAUCCCUCAUCCAUUUGGUUUUAAUUGUCCAAUGUAAAGAAAACUGCACAGGUGGGCGUGCCGGUGGGCUCUGUUGUUGGUGUAAAUGACUGUUGAAAAAUGUGGAGAUGGUUGCAGAGUGAAAAAACAUACUGCAUGUAUGUAUCACACAUUCAGUGAUUUCUGUAACUUCAGUUUCCAUCUGUGAACUUCUUUAUUCCAUCUUACUGAUCUGUCUGACUUUAAAGUAAUUUUAAAAUUAUAUUUAAUAAAUAUCAAGUUCUUAUUGUC